GUGUCUCUUGCAGUGUUGGAGAAGGGCUCUCUAAAAUGUUCGUGUUUAGAACCAGUUCCUCUUUGGUUCUCCUGCUGUGCCUCCAUGUCUUAGCAGUGUUCUCAGUGCGUCUGAAUCUUUUUGGUAAGAGCCAGGAGGUUGUGGCCCAGGAGGGGGCGCUGCGACUCGUUGGAGGCAAACGCUCCUCAGAGGGCCGUGUGGAGGUGUACCAUGAGGGAGAGUGGGGGACAGUCUGUGAUGAUAACUGGGAUUUAAAAGAGGCACAGGUGGCCUGUCGUCAGCUGGGUUACCUCGGGGCAGUUUCAGCUGAAGUAGCAGGGAAAUAUGGAGAAGGCACUGGGAAAAUCUGGCUGGAUGAUCUAAACUGUCAGGGAACAGAGAGCUCCUUGUCCAGAUGUGCUUUCAAAGGCUGGGCCAUAACUGACUGCUCUCAUAAAGAGGACGCUGGGGUAGUUUGUGAGACUGGUGAAGAACCAGGCGGUGAUCGUGAGUAUUCACUGGACCACAGUCUAGGUCUGUCAGAGGAGCUUGGGGCCCUUUUCGACAGUGGUGAAGGCUGUGACUUCCACAUCAUCAUCACUGGUCCCGGCCAGAACGCAGAUGUAAAAGAACAGAAGAUCUGUGUCCACCGCUUAAUUUUAUCUCUCUAUCCCCAGCUCAAAAUCACAAACUCCAGCAGUUUCACAGUGGAGAGCAGUGAGGCUUGUCACCCUCAUGUCUCCAGCUUCAUCAGGUACCUGUACUCUCGCAAGAUUGAUGUCACCCUGUCAUCUGCUCAGUGUUUCCAUCAGCUGGCCUAUGUCUUCGGAGUGAGGCAGCUUCUGGAAGAAGUGGGCAGGGUCUUUACUUUGCUGCUUCCAGAGGACAGCACCUUCAGUACCCAGGUGUCUCUGUACGAGUAUUCUGUUCGCACUGGGGACCUGGUGCUUCAGGAGAACUGUCUACAGUACCUCGCUUGGAACUACGAGGCCCUGAUAGACUCAGCUGCUGGGAACGAGAUGUCUUUGCAAUUGAUGGAGGCUCUUCUGGAGCGCUCAGAUCUGGUGGUGAGAGAUGAGGGUUACCUCCUGCAAAGCCUAGAGUCUUGGAUUCUGGCAAGGGACAGCACGAUCAGUCUUGAGGAACAGAAUUCCCUUCUGCGGCACAUCCGCUUCCCAAUGAUCCCCGCCGACAAUCUGUACGAUCUUCAGUUUACUUCCAAGUUGUAUGAAAGUCAAGAGGCUUUCUAUCGUGAUGGCAUGCUGCAAGGUUUUCAGUUUAAUGCUCUCUCUUUCUCCAAGCUGAGGAAGCAUGUGGACAAUGGGACAGAAGAGUUUCUGCCAAGGGUAUACACAGCUGAUCCAUGGAGUGUCACCCUUAACACCACCACUCGCAACUGGAAUCCCGGAUACGGGCAUUAUGACUACAGAUACAACUAUGGCAUAACUCAGUCAUUCACAACACCUGCCUUUAACACCAUGAUUUUUAAGUCCCGCACAAUCAGCUGGUAUGCACAGGUUUUUCUUAACAAGUACGAGUGUUCACAGCAUGGCUUUAUAUGUGACUCUGUCCCCGCAGCCCGUCUGUACCCACAGAGCUCUGUCUCUCAGUACAGUAGCAGUAUCCGCUUCAGCAACAGACUGCUUCUGAGGUGUGGAGAUAACAAAGUUUUCCACGUCCAGGAUUUCAAAAACAACGUGGCCGUGGUCCCCACAAAUGACAGCAUGGCCAUGACUAACCCAUGCCCUGACGCAUACAGCUUUCGCUUUGUUGUGCGUCCAGAGUAUAUCUGACAGUCGUAACUUUGUCUGUGUCAGAUGUUAGUCUGGUAGAUGCUUAUCAUCCUUAUGAUGAUUAGUUAAAUCAUUGAUUCCUUUUACUGAAUCUUUUCAAGAUCCUGAGCAUAUCAUACACGAGAUUGAUUUAGUUUAACAACAAUAUAUUUUGAAAUCUUUUGUCCAAUUUCAGUUGAUUUUGUUUUUGAAGCAAGAGCUUCAAAAAACAGAAUCUGAAUACUCAAACAUUUACCCUGCAAUGUGGUACUUUUAACAAUGCUUACAAAUGAAUAAACCUGUCUCUCAAAAUCUU